CAGUUGCGUAUCGGCGCCUUCUGAGCCGGGCGGGAACGCGGGCAGCCUCUCUGCUAUGGUCUGCAGCUCGAAAUCAAAGUUCACAAAACACCUCAUCACAGCAAAGUUCUAAAGAGUAACACGAAAUACACCCUAACUCCUCGAGACUUUGAACUUGUUCGCAGCUUCGUAGUACCUGGUAUAAAAGAGACAACUCCAAAAAAAAAGUUACAGUGCUCCAAAGCGUCACCAGUUGCAUAAAGUUGAUUUAGAGAGAGCAUUCAUGAUCAUCAUUACAAAAUUGGUUGGCAACUAAGCAGUGAACAGCACACGGAGAUAAGAGGGAAAGCAAGUACUCUGCAGCCUGUGCCUCUCCCAUCCCUGUGUAUCAUGAGUUCAACUAGUACAGAAUGUAAUGCAACCAAGGACAGGAAAAGUAAGAGGGGCAGUCGCAACACCACAGCAAGACCUCAUAAUGCUCUGGACAAGAUGAUGGUGGGAACUGCUUCUGAACCCUGCAUCCCCUUUUCUGCCUCCUCCUCCACCUCUUUGCCUUCUACUUCCUCCCUGGCCUUACCUUUACAAACUGCCCUUGCUGGCUCCCCUCCUGAUGCAGACCCGAGUUUUAUGGAACAAACUACUCCUUUGAGUGAUAGCAAAGGAACUGGGCAGCAGGACAUUCAGAGAAAGUCUUGUGGAGGCAAGACUCACUCUAUGCAAACUCGUAAUCAAAAGAAAAUAGCUGCUGCAGCUGCACAAGUAGAGCCACUCAGACUUGAUGAUAGAAGUGUUGAUGAGGAAGUAGUUGACCUCACUUGCGAAACUUCAGAACCUAUAGUUGUUGAUCUUACACAUAAUGAUUCUGUUGUGGUUGUUGGAGAGAGUGGACAGCAGCCCAAUAGAGAGUUCAGACGUCAACCCUUGUCUGAUAGCCUUAUAUUAAGUAGUGAUGAUGAUGAUGAUAGCGGACACACAGAGAGUGAUGCUGUUGUCACUAGAAAGCUGCCCAGAGAAGUGGGAAGGAAGGAAUUUGCAAGUUCAAGCUACUCAGGUACUGUGAGUUGCCCAAUUUGCAUAGAGAGCUAUGCAGAGAUUGUGCAAAGCGGACGGCUUAUAGUGUCAACAAAAUGUGGCCACAUCUUCUGUAGUCUGUGCCUCAGCAAUUCUCUUGGGCAUGCAAACUUUUGCCCAACUUGUAGGAGGGAACUCACUCCAAAGGAGUAUCAUCCAAUUUAUAUAUGAAGACCUGGGUGUUCCUGAACACAGUCUAAUGUGGCCUUCAUAAACAUGAGUGAACUCCAAAGAACACACAAAGUAUAUAUGACAUAUAUGACAGUUAGCAAUUUCACUUUUUUCCAGUUGGCCUCCUUAUAGUCCAGUUGUACUGUUUAAGCUUCAUUUUGCUUUAAGGUUUUUGCAGCUCACAUUUUUUGAGGUUUGUAGAAGUUUGAAGAACAGCUUGGAGGAUAUGUCUGCUGUUGCCACAUUGCUUUGUGUAGAUAUCUCAUUUCU